AUGGAACACCAGCCCAGAGCACCACUCAAGCUGCGACGAUGGACCUCCGAAGACGAGCAAAUGCUCCUGAACCUUCGAGACCGGGAAAAGAAAGACUUCACCGACAUCGCAAAGAUUCUAAACAGAACCACAGCUGCCGCCAUCCAACACUACUCCGUCCUGAAGCAGCAGAGCGAAGGCAGGUUCGUGGAGUGGACCCACGCCAUGGACGAACACAUCAUCAACGGCCGUCGCCGUGGUCUACACAUCAAGACCAUCAGCGUGGAAAUGAAGCUCACAGCACAUGCCGUUGCUGACCGGUGGUAUACGCUUCUGCGCGAGAAGAAAGUCCCGGAAGAUGUUCUCGCCAUCUGGCGGCGCAAGAAUGACGUUGUGUUCACGCUUGAGGAGGAUGAGGUUAUCUUGCGCUUGUGGAUUGAGAUGGAGGAUGAUGAGCAGCUUGUGCGUAUGGUGAGCUUUCGUGGGAAGUCGCAGAGUGAUAUUCGGGAGCGGCGUAUUGAGUUGGUGUAUGGUUCGUCGCCGCUGUAUCAGAGGUUGUUGGGCAUUGGGGAUGGGGGAGGGAAUGCUCCGCAUGCAUUGGACAAGGCGUUGGGUAAACCGAGGUAUGGUUGGAUGACAUAGAUUUGUAUGUGGGAGUGGUGGCAUAUAGUUAUGUGGCUCGACUCCAUGUAGUAGUAUGGCACAUGUUGUGGUCGUGGCUUAACUAACUUGGUGUGCUCGAUCUCGGGCAGUCCAAGUGCUAAUCGGUCUUUGUUGUCAUGAACCAAGAGAUUGGUCUGCCAGUCAGCAACACUAGUUCUGUCUCGAAUACCGAGUCAAUGGCAUUAUCUUCUA